AUGGAGCAUUAUUCCAAUACAAAAUUGAGAGCUUACUUGAAAUAUGAAGAUGGAUUAGCAGUUUUGGAUCUAAAAGAGAAAGGACUAUCCAGGGUACCUGAUGCAGUCACUGAACUGAGUGAAAUAGAGAAUCUUGUGCUGGAAGAAAAUAACUUGAUUAAAUUACCAGCAAGUAUCAGCAAGCUGAAAAAUCUUAUUGUGCUCAAAUUGGAUAGCAACAAUAUCACUGAACUACCUGCUGAGAUUGGUGACCUCAGGGAGCUGAGGGGGCUGAGUGUGACUCACAACCAGUUGGUUGGUUUACCUACCAGUAUACAGAGGCUGACCAAGCUUGACUGGCUCAAGUUGGAUGGAAAUAAACUAACUGAACUACCUGCUGAGAUUGGUGACCUCAGGGAGCUGAUGUGGCUGAUUAUGAGUUUCAACCAGUUGGUUGGUUUACCUACCAGUAUACAGAGGCUGACCAAACUUGAAGAGCUGUACUUGGAUGGAAAUAAACUAACUGAACUAUCUGCUGAGAUUUGUGACCUCAGGGAGCUGAGGAGGCUGUGGGUGAGGGGCAACCAGUUGGUUGGUUUACCUACCAGUAUACAGAGGCUGACCAAACUUGAAGAGCUGCACUUGAAUGGAAAUAAACUAACUGAACUACCUGCUGAGAUUGGUGACCUCAGGGAGCUGAGGGAGCUGUGGGUGAGUGCCAACCAGUUGGUUGGUUUACCUACCAGUAUACAGAGGCUGACCAAGCUUAAAGGGCUGUACCUGAUUGGAAAUAAACUAACUGAACUACCUGCUGAGAUUGGUGAUCUCAGGGAGCUGAGGAGGCUGUGGGUGAGUAACAACCAGUUGGUUGGUUUACCUACCAGUAUACAGAGGCUGACCAAACUUGAAGAGCUGCACUUGAAUGGAAAUAAACUAACUGAACUACCUGCUGAGAUUGGUGACCUCAAGGAGCUGAGAGAGCUGUGGGUGAGUGCCAACCAGUUGGUUGGUUUACCUACCAGUAUACAGAGGCUGACCAAGCUUAAAGGGCUGUACCUGAUUGGAAAUAAACUAACUGAACUACCUGCUGAGAUUGGUGACCUCAGGGAGCUGAGGCAGCUGAGUGUGAGUCAUAAUCCUUUAACUGUUGACGCAAUAAGACGUGCAUUGAAGUUAAGAAAGAAAGGAGUACUUGUAGAUGGUGUUGCAGGUAAGCACGGCGGAUAUUAUAGUUAUUUGGAAGUUCGAAAAAAAACCGAGAUAAAAUUCCACUAUUUGCCUGGGAAAGGGAAGUCAUUUUUUUUUCAGUUAUCGGGGGUUUCGCGAAUUUAAGGGUUUGAUAAAUCAUUAAGAUAUGCUACAAACUGUACUUUCAAAAUCAAUGGUAAAUUUCUUGUACGUAUUAAUUCAUUUUAAUUAAUUCGUCUGUUUUAAAGUUUCAAAUCAGCUGUGAAAAAUAGCUAUUAUCCAGGGUGCACCAAACAUUGUAAGCUAUUGUACUCCAUCACACCCUUACUAAAUGACUCACCGGUUGCGCUUGGAAGUAGUGGGCGAAAGAGAGAACGGGCUCGCGUGUCUCCUUCUCGCGGGCCCGUUUUUUCUUGUGCCCACUACUUCCAAGCGCCUGCUAUGCAGGCUACACCGUUAGUGUUUUCACGAACUUUCAGAGGGAGAGAAGCGAUGACCGGAAAUACGUCUGCUGUUCGCAGACUAAAGAAAUACGAGCUGACCCCUAAAAACGCCUGCGGGGGUUACCUGCGAACAGCAGACGUCUUUCCGGUCGUCGCUUCUUUAUUUUUCGGAGGGACAGAAGCGACGACCGGAAAUACGUCUGCUGUUCGCAGGCUAGUAUUUCUGCGGAGAGGGAAGAAAUACGAGCUCCCCUAGAAACGUCUGUGGGAGAGGCUAUGUUUUCACUGUGGUCGAUUUGCUGCUGAACGGAACACUUUUUCUGGGUGCUUGUUGACAUACCGACGAUUACUAGCUGUUUUCACUUUUAAAUUUAGCUCGGAAGAACUCAAAGGAUUCAAAUUUAAAAAGCGCGCCACAUUAAAACAUGUUAAGAGACGAAGCGCUUUGAAUGUGUUUUCGUUUAAUGCUUCUCGCUAUUUUAUGAAUGCAGUUGAAUAGUGUCUCUAAAGAGUAAGAGGAUAGGAAGUAAUGUUGUAAUCCUGUUUCAAAAUGUAACAGCAAAACAGCAAUAAUUGCCGUAAGUAGCGUGGGUUUAACCCGCCGUGCCAAAUCGAUGAAACUCUUUAGUCGAAAUAAUGGCUUCUGUUCGAUUUUAAACGAUAUUAAUUAAGCGAUUGAUAUCGGUAAUCGAUAAAUAUCGAAGAUCGAAAAAAUUGUGAGUAUCAAUUUUUACAAAUGUCAUCAAUUUUCAUCCAUUUUAUCGAUUGUCAAUUGUAAUCCUUGAAUAAUGAUUUCAGAUACGUUUGCGCUACCACUGGCUACGAAUUAGUAAUUAAAAGUCUUACCUAUUAAUUUUCGAUUUAUUCAUCGAGGACAAAAGAUUCACCCGUCCUUAUUGUAAAUGGGCUCUGGUGGUAGCCCUUCACUACAGCCUCUAGUAAUAUAAAAUGUUCAUUUCGCCGGUCAUUUGGCAGGCGUCUGUCACAACGCGCGACGAGAUUCUGAUUUAUGAGGACAAGUUGCACCAUCUCGCGUGGUUGUCUAACUUUUCGUAAUUUUUCGGUCAUAAAGCCGAAAAAACAGUGAGCAUGUUUAACUCGCUAACACAAGACGAGGUGUUUUAACUGUAUUUCUGGACUUUUCUGGCUUUAUCUAGCUAAAAUUAACUCAGUGAAAACACAACCGCAGAGUCUUAAAGCCAUUUUUCACUUAAUGGAUGAAGUAAUAUUGUCAUGUUAUAGUUAUGGAAGAUUGGCCGCUGAACACAAUAUGUAUUAAAUAAAAAAUUAUUGUCACAGAACAAUAAACAGACCAUUAAGGAUGAAGAGUUUUGAGCUGUUCAGGAAGCUCGCUGUUCAAGAUUCAAAUUAGAAAAGGUGGCUUGGUCUGCUGUGUUUAAGCCUGAGAAAGUACUUCUCCUGAUCUAAACAAUAACUGGUCUGAAAUUUGCUAUACCAUUUAACAAAAUUAUAAGUCACACUUAGCUUCACUUAGGUUUGUUUUGCAAGUUAGUUUUUGUUGUUUUCCCUGCAGCAUGCACGGCCAUAGUGUAAGUGAAUUGUCAACCAAACCUUCCCACCACUUCAAAAGCAUAAUGCUUGGAGAGGAGGAAACAAACUAGAGAAUAAUUUAAACAAAAGACUUAAAUUAUUUAGCGUAAUGACUCGAUUUAGUGUCCAGAGCCCUUAUAUACUUAUGGUUUCUCAAAUGAGGACGCUUAUUCGAAACAGGGCGUCUAUUUCUUUUAUGUUGCGAAGCAAAACUCUCGAACCAUGAAACAGGGGCAGGGCACCUUAUGAGCAAGAAUUGGCAAAGGUCUACGAUCAUGGCUGCUUCUGGCAAUCCCUUGAUUUGGAGGUCGAAGCUUGUUCAUGUAGGCGAAUUCUCGUCUGCUAUACGAGGUCAUCAUGUCUACAAAGCGACAUGGUCUCCAACUAAGACUCAAAUUCCAAGCUAUCAGUGACAUUCAACGCUUUAACCUUCCAAUCGUUCCGACAAAUAAUAGCAACACCACCACCGAUCGGCGAGCCAGCUCGAUCUUUCCUGACCAUAAUAUAACCCUCUGGGCAAUUCGAAUGUGACAGGAUUAUCAUACUCAACCAUGACUCCGAAACAAAACAGUCCUCGAAUACAAGGCGUCCCUCCAAUAAUCGCCCACCCUUACCCCUCUCGCCAUCUUCUCUUUCUUUUAUCCCCUCCCUGUCAAGUUGCAGCGGAGCCUGAUCCAGCAAAACUGAUUAGUGACAAUUCAAGCUCGAGCGCCGAGGAACACUUAAGAAGCCCAUGUCUUGUUUAUUUGAUCUUAUCAAUUUUUUUAAUGAAAUAAUAAAACAAAAUAUUUAGGGCACGACCUCCCGUGAGCAAUAUUUGAAAUAAUCCCCCCUCAAAUAAUCGACUGCUUUUUGUGGGAAAAAAAUAGUCAUCGCUCCCGGCUAUUAUUCGAGGAAAUACGGUAUCAAUGCUAUUGUCACUAAGCUCAGCAUAGAGAGUCGGAACUGCAUCAGGUUUUGCCCGGCAUCGGGCAUUCAAAACCAUACACUUUGGCACUAUCUUAGGUGCUGCAGGCGGUUUGUUGAUUUAACAAUCGAGAGCGUUCGCGGCUGUUCACUCUGGUUGCGUGAAUUAGGGUCAACCUUGUCACGAUAGGAUGGAACAAUAGCUGGUGAUUGAAUAGCAGCGCUUAUUGGUAUUGGGGCGCUUGGAAUGCCCAGGUGGGGGGGUCCUUCCUAGUAGUAGGCUAAUGGGUAUGUGCCGCUGGAUUGGGCCGCAUUUUAACGACUGGAUUGACUAUUAUGGGGUUACAUUUUUAUAAGAGUUACUGGAACGGGGUCGCACAUUUUCAGGAUUUUGGGGGUCAGAAAAUUCAGGUAUGUAGGGAUUUAUAAAUAGAAAGAUUUACACCACACCAAGUUUAACAAAAAUGUGGCAGAUGAUUUUAGGAUCUUCUAGUUAAAAUGCCUUAGAAGGUAGAUGCAUAAGCAGAAAGUCAGUAAGUUGGGAUUGCAAAAAUUACUUUUUUCGAAAAGUGACUAAGAUGGGGUCUAUAAUAUCGCCACAGUAUGGACUAUAAUGGGGUCGGGGUUUUGAGAGGCCAGCGGCACAUACCCAACAAAAAUUAACCCAAGUAACCCCUCCCCCCCCCUCCCCCCCCACGGGUUGGAAAAAGGGUGCUUAGGCAAUAGAGGUGCUUAUUAGAAAGUCAGCGCUUAUUUUUACGCACCAUUCAUGGUGUUGUAAACAUGCAUGGAGACUUGACGUAAGCACAGUAAAAAAGACAACUUUAAAAUAGCAGGUAGAUUGUUUAACAGUAUCAAAAAUAACCAACAUUUAAUUUUAUCUGUCACAUUUGAAAUUCAGUAAAAUUAUGUUUACCAUAGAUUUGUUUUAAUAACAACUUAAGAGACCGUACUGAAAGAUUACAAGAAGGGCAAUAAAUACUAGUAUUGAUGUAGCCCCCCAUGACCCUCCUAGGUCCGUCAAGUGAAAUAGAAGCCAAUGAACUACGCAACCUGUAAGACAUUACUUACCUUUAAUAAGCAUCCUUUUUUUCACUAGCUCCUUUAGAAAUAGAAGCACGUGGAGAAAAAGCACAGCUCGCUUAUCAAAGUGCUCUUAAAUAUGGAGCUGUUAACGUUUACCGUGGUCGAGUAUUGCUUAUUGGACAGGAUCGAGCAGGAAAAACAAGUUUGAAGAAGUCUCUCAUUGGUCUACCAUUUAAUUCAAAAGAAAAAAGCACUGAUGGAAUUGAAGUGGAUCCUUCAAAAUUUCAGUUGGACGUUGGUGAAGUCAGGAAUUGGCAACCUAUUGAUGAGAGAAAACAAGGAUUGCUGGGAUGUUCGAGAGAUGUGGCACAGGUGAUGGUGGAAAAGAUGUAUGAUAUUCCAGUUAGCCGUGCCUGGGUUCAGGAAGAGGAAAGAGGUGAAGCCAUUCUUCAAAGUGAUGAUAACAAGAAUAGGAAACAGGUUGAUACUUAUGGAGAAAAGGAGGAAGUUUCUCUUGUGAACCAGGUUUGUCUUUGUUGGUUUUGAAGUGUGAUGUUUUUUCGCGAAUCCAUCCUUACUGCAAGAACGUCCUGACAGUAGUUAUUAUAAAUUGAUUAUCGCCUUCUUCAUAGGUUAGGUUACAGUGACUUCCCUGCCCUUUGCCACGGUCUCUGUAUGGAAAAUAUGUAACAACUGCCAGAUCGUUUUCUAGCUCGUUUUCCAAUGCUGGUUAAAAAUUUAAACCAGCGCUUUUAUACUUGUAAGUUUAGUUCCGAGAGUAGAAUGUUACUACUAUCAACCAUUUAGUUAUAUUUCAAUGACUGUACCCAUCUACACGUAAGCUGAGCCUUUGGGUUAGUAGCGCGUGUGCAAACUAAAGUGAGUUUAACCAUAAUUAUUUUUAUUCAUACUUUUAAGUGUUAAUUAGGCCUUGAACGUAGCUCUCCCUUAUUUUGUUGUUGUUGUUGUUAAUCACAAUUUCGUUAUUGUUUUCUUUUUUAUCCGAGGAGUAAAGCCAAGGGGCUGGGAGGACUCAAUCAAACACCAUUUUCCUAUAUGUUCUUAAACUCACUGUUCCUUAAAAAAUGCAAGAACGUAUUAACGUACGUUUUGGAUACCUUAUGCCUCCAAUAAUCGUACCUCAAUGUUUGAGCUUAUUAAGAAUUUUCUGUCAUCAAAAACAACUUUAAAUGGGUGAAUAAUCGAAUCGGAGGGUGAAAAGGAGUAAUUAGGUGUUCAUUAUUUCAUCAUUCCAACUCGAAAAUUUUCCUUGUUCCAUUAUUCCAGAAAAAAAAGAACAAAUUAUUCCGUUGAAAACAUAUGCUUAUUCUAUUAUUCCGCGCCACAGAAUCAGAAUCAGAAUCAACAGUUAUUUUUUUCACACUCUGCUACAGGUUGGUGAUCCAAACGAAGACAGUGUUAGUGAACCCACAUUAACAGAACCUGAUCAUGAGUUAGUGGUUGAUACUACUUCACCUCCAGAGGAGAUCAAGGAUCGAGCUGUAAAUUUGAUAAAGUAUAUGAAAGGUGAUGAUGUUAAGCCUGAAGAAUCUGUUGUCAGUAUUGAACUGUGGGAUUUUGCUGGACAACACGUGUAUUAUGCAUCCUAUCCUGUAUUUUUAUCAUCACGUGCGCUGUACAUCUUGGUGUGCAACCUCAGCAAGUCACUGCAUGACACAGCCAAGCCCUGUGUAAGACAAGGGUCCCGUAAUGUUCCUUUGGAAAACCCAAAUGGAGAAACAAAUCUUGAGAACUCGUUGUCUUGGCUGUCCACAGUGCAUAGCGUCGCACAAAUGAGAAGAGAAACCUGUGAUGACGUAGAAAAAGAGGUGCCUCAUUAUUUGCGCCCCCCAGUGAUCAUUGUAGGAACCCAUGCAGACAAACCAUUUGAAGACAUUGAAACAAUGAAAACAGAAAUCCAGAACGCAAUUGCUGGUAAGGACUAUGAAGGACAUGUGGUGCGGCCUAUCUUCAGCAUUGACAACACUGCAAAAUUACUUCAGAGUAAGAUCAGAAAUGUUUUUACUGCGAAAGAUGAAAACAUUGAUGACAUCCAAGCUUUACAAGUCAAAAUUAUGGAAGUGCUAAGACAGGAGCCUUACAUUGGGGAGAGGAUACCUAUAAGGUAAAAAAUGGUUAUACAAAAACAGAAUCCAUUAAAGUAAAUAUUAAAUAAAUUCUUGUGAAGGUUUAAGCUCUGAGCGCACUGAGAGUGCUGUUUAUGUGUAUGGCAUUUGUUUUCGCCAGUCCUUGUAAGAUUUUUCUUUGAUGUGCAAUGUGUUUCAGGUGUCUUAAGUAACUCAGUGGCUGCGACGUUAUAUAAAAGCGUGACCGGAAAACAGCUAAAGGCUGGUUCAUUGUAUAGUCCUUUCCUUUGGUUACAGAAGAACAGAAAAAAUUCAGUGAUUCCUGUAUGAGCCACCUGGCGGUAAUAAGAAAUGAAUAUCUCGUUGUUUGAAACAAGUUAACCAUGAAAAGCAGUUUUGACUGGCCUUAAGGAAUAUUCUACCCUUAAGGGUUUGAUAACGUUAUUACGAAUUGACCAAAAAGCGCCAUGUACAUUUCAAUUGUCGUUUUAAAAAGGUAAAGUAAAGUGGAUCACACACAGAUAUUUAUCAAGUGGAUACAGUUAUCCACCUUUCGAACAACUGGGCCCUGUACUUUAGUCAGUAUAGGUAAACUGUGUAUAUGUGACAUGGAUACUUAAACACGCGCUAUCAAUUUUCUCUUCGGUUUUGUAAACUAGGUGGCUGAACUUUGAGAAAGUCAUCAACGCUUUACUUUCCAAGCCAGUUUAUUACCUGAGUAUAACAAAGCUACGGACCCAUGCCAAGGAGAAGUGCUUCAUUGAUGAAGAGGAAGAGUUUACAACCAUGGUGAAUUUCUAUCAUGACCUGGGGAUAAUUAUCAAGCACCGUAGCACAGUCAUCUUGAGUACCCAGUGGCUGAUAAACUUGUUCGGGCAGCUGAUCACUAUUCCAGAUUUUACGAAAAUGGUAAGAAAUGGAUUUUAAACGUGUUUUAAAAGUUGCGUGGUUUAUAAUGGUCCACAUUUUGGAUGACAUCACAGGCUUCCAAUCGUGCUGUAGCUAAUAAAAAUAAUUAUAUCAAGUGCAUUGCCCGCUAUGUUUUUGAAAAUGUUAACUCUUCCUCAAAUAUUUGUAAACAGCAAAAUCGUAGUGGAUUGGGCUGCUAUUUAAUAUUUCCCCAGUGUAAAACAGUUAGGGUAGGCGAUGUAAUUCUGAAAUGAAAUCUUAGCCGACCAAACCUAUAACAACUGAAUUAGUACUAACGUCUGGUCAGCAAUCGUCCCUGUAAUCAACCCGCUAUACUGACGUCACUAAGAGUAAACAUUACAAUGAAACAUUUUCAGUGCACGUUCUUAUUUGAACGUUGUAAUAUCCCAAGAGGAUUCUUGUUUCAAUUUCGAAGGACAUCAGGUGGCAUCACGAGGUAGCCGCUAACAAUAAAAGGAACUUAUAACCAAUUUACCUGCAAUUUACCUUUUAUGUAGGGUCAAAGGAAUCGGACAACCAAACAGAGUGAAAAUACAUAUUGUAUACAGAAAGGAAACCUGACUUUUCUCCGCCCUAACUGAUGCACGCGAAGAGCGGAUUGCGAAAAAUUUAUAACACUGCUCAACCUACACAAAAAAACGAAGAAGUUUAGCCUGUACCAAGCAGUAUUGUCUCCUACGUUGACUUCCUUUUGGCUCGUUACGCAACCCUCUUCAACUAGAUUACAAGUAGUCUCUUCCUCAGGGAUAGUGGAGCGAGCGAAUUACACGAGCGCGCGUGAAAUUUGUCACCCUUGAGGAAGGUAACAAACUCUCCUGUAUUUUAAUCGCUUUAAUAUCCCAGAGGAAAAUAAGGGGCCACUCGUAGUCUAUCCUCAGUAGUAUAUUAGGCAUAGAAUCAGCCUCUUUUGCGGUGGAAUCUUCGCUGGAAUGCAUAAACGCUGAUGACGUCACAACCUUUUGUCUUCAUGUUGAAUCUCUUUAAAGGGUUUAAAACAGCACACGGCCUUAUCUUAGGGCCAGUUUACAUCGAAGUGGAGGACCCUAGGUAGGUGAGGUAACCCGCUGCUGGUCACCCCAGCUAUCAUGUAAACGUGGUCAAAUUAAAAUGAGACGUUAUGUGGACAGGCGGGUUACCCCAUCUAUGCGGGUUACCUCACCUACCUGGGGUCCCCCUCCUCCAUGUACACAGGCCCUAAGAUAAGGUCGUGUACUAUUUUCAACCCUGUUGACAGGGUUUCCAGUUAUUUCUUGGUAGAUGAAGGUCUUGCUUUUUGAUUGGUUGACGACUACAUGUAAGAACAAGGAAAAGUAUUCAUUGGUUGAUUCAGGUUGUCGCAGGAAUAAGCGCUAACUCAACUGUGACGUAGUUAUGCAAGUUACAUUUCAUACCGCUUUCAUUGUUCAAUAAGUUGUUCCGGUUUACUAUGCGCGCAAAUCGUUAAUUUUUCAUGAGUACAAAGCCACACUAGCCCUUUCUACCACGAAAAACAUUUUUCCACUUUCCCACAUCCCUUUUUCCUUGUCCACAUUUCAUUGUUUCACGUUGUUUCCUUCAACCACGACAACCACGUUUCUAUUGUUUCCUCUCAGCGCGAGGUUAUGGUGAACGUUGUAAAGAAAAGAAAACUUAACUUCGUAAAUCUUCUAACGUGAUUGGAAAGAAUUGUGUGACGAACCAAACGGAGGGCUGCUUAGAAGGCUAUCCUCUUUACUUUUAUUCACACAGUAGUACUUGCUAGGCAGACUACGUAACUUUUACUAUAAAGGCGUCCAAACACAAAAAAGGAAAACUGUAGAUCUUUUUCUUUGUUUGUUAAUUAAAAUAUUAAAUAAAAUAACCAAUAAUUUACAAGUGCAUUAAUUAACUGGCUCAAGAUUCUCCCAAAAUAUCACUGUUUUAAGAAAACUUUGUUGUUGUCCUUCACCUUAUUACGUCUUAGGUUCCUAAGGUUGCCAAGCACUGGAAGGAAGUUAAAGAAAGCGGUGUUCUCUCCAUGGAACUGGUUGAUCUUGUGUUUUCCAACUUUCUUCUGAAGGGUGUUGCCAGGAAAGACAUUCUUGAUUUGAUGGAACGAUUUGGAUUGAUUGCAAAAUUUUCAUCUUCAAAGACAGGUGAAAAGUAUUUUGUUCCAUCUCAACUCAAAGCUUCGCCUGAUUCCCUUUGUUCUAUGGCGCCCUCAAGGCUGGACCCAUGUCCCCUGUAUGUUUACUUUGUCAGCGGUUCUAUUCCCCAUGGUCUGUUCACACGGCUUGUUUCUCGAUCUGUCCGUUGGUGUUCUGAAGCUGGUCCAACUCAGUCCCCUACCCUGUUCCAAAAUGGAGCGUGGUUUGUUAUUGGGAAGCAAAAUUUCCAUGAUUCUGUUCUUAUUUGUAAGAAGCAGUUUAUUAAGUUUUUUAUCAAGCAAAGAAACCAAACUCAGCAGAUCUCAGUAGAUGACACAAGUGAGGUGGCGGUGCAGGUUCGUAAGUUUGUGGAGGCAACUUUGCAAGUUUUGUCACGUGAUCUCUAUAAAGGUGGAUUGCAGUAUCAUAUUCGGGUCGCCUGUCCGUAUUGUCAGUGGGACAAAUGCUCAAGCCAUAAGCAGAUUGCAUGUCCUCAUGAAGAUUGUCUUCACCUCCUUGAGUUACGACAAGGCGAUCCUCUGAUUUGCAAGAAGAAACCUGCAGAGGAGGUACUCACGGUUACGGGACAAGAAAAGUGGUUUUCACAAAUUGAAAGUAAGGUAGGUAGCAGUGAAAUACAAUCUCCAGCAGUGCUGUUAACAUAUUACAUAUCAAUCGAAUACACAUACUACUUAAAAUUGUGUCUUUAUAAAGAGUAGCCACAGUGACUGUAGCCAUAUAUUUAAACUAAAGAGGCUUCAACAAAGUCCAUGGAUGUGCUUUGUUAAGGUUAUGGUAUGAGGUUUAACGUAUGCCUUUAUUUAUCCUACCACGAGCUCCACUGGAGUGUACGACAAGGCUUUGUUGCUAUCAACUUAGCGAACAUUGGUACUUAAAAUCAAGAAAGUUGAUAAGGUCAAUUGGCUACCAUGUGUUAAUAAUUGUUAUUGGCGUGUAGGCAUAGCAGUUGGUAUAUAACUUUUUCUCAAGGUCUUUGUAAAUGUAAUGUUUUGCUUUGCGGGUGGGCAAUAAGUUUGUAGCAUCUACCGUGUUGAUAACAUGUUUUGCAAACUUUCAUUCAAAAAGCCCCUAGAUAUUAAAUUUCUAUUUUAAAGUAUCCAAUUUUGGUUCCCCUUGCAGGAAGCGUGUUCUCCAUCAUCAUCACCUGAUACUGCACAGAUUCGUCCAGAGCGUCUGGUACUGAAAGUUACCCUUCUAGCGAAUGAGUGGGGCUCGUCUAAGGGUGGCUUGUCAACAAUAAACAGGACUCUUGCCAUACAUUUGGCAAAAGACGAAAACGUAGAAGUGACCAUUCUCGUACCUGAAUUUGAGUGUGGAGAAAAAGACAAGAGAGUUGCCAAAAGUCACAACAUUUCCAUCAGGGAAGCAGGGCAUCUACCUGGCUUUAGUGAUCCUCUUGACUGGUUGAGCUAUCCACCAGAAGACCUUGACAUUCAGGUUGUGAUCGGCCAUGGAGCAAAGCUUGGUAGACAAGCACAGAUUAUCAGAAAGUCUCAUCGAUGCAAGUGGGUGCAGGUUGUUCACACUGAGCCUGAAGAGCUGGCAAUGCAUAAGAACUAUCCAAGCGCCAUUGCCAAGGGAGAAGGGAAGAACAGAGCUGAAGUUGACCUUUGUCAAAUUUCAGAUCUCGUUGUAGCCGUUGGACCCAAGUUGAAGGAAGCGAUCUCGUCCCAGUUGCGUUCAUCUCGUCGAGAAGUCUUUCUAUUUGUACCAGGUUCCUUUACAGAGUUUUCAGAUGUUGAGCAUUCUGAACAAGAGAAUGUAAAUUUCAAAGUGUUAACCUUCGGUCGCGGUGAUUUCGAAGACUUCAGUCUUAAAGGAUACGACAUUGCCGCUCAAUCCAUAGUUGAAUUGAAGGACAGCUCCUAUAGUCUUGUUUUCGUUGGUGCAUCCGAUGGAAGGCAGGAUGACGUCGCAGAAAUCUUACUCCAGACUGGCAUUUCAAAGAACCAGCUGAUUGUGAGAUCAUUUGUGAAAGGCAAACAAAGAUUGAAAGAGUUGUUUUGUGAAGUCGAUCUGGCCAUCAUGCCAUCAAGAACUGAGGGGUUUGGUUUGACAGCAUUGGAAGCCAUGUCAGCCGGUCUUGCCAUUCUGGUAAGUGGAAACUCCGGAUUUGGAAAAGCACUGCGUGGUCUUCCAAUGGGUGAGUCAUUUGUGAUCGACUCUGAUGACCCCAAGGAAUGGGCCAAGGCAAUUGCAGCCAUCCGUCAAAAAUCAAGGGCGCAGCGGCUUGAGGAAAUCCAAAGACUGCGAAGAAGUUAUGAUGAAAGUUUUUGUUGGGAGGGACAGUGCCAGGCCCUUGUUGACAGGAUGUGGAAGAUGGUCUAUGGUAAGAAAUCAAAUUUACCGAUAGAAAAGUAACGAUAAUAAUAAUAAUUAGUACCUGAUGAUUUUCAAAUGCGUAUCUUUUCAGUAUUAUCCUCCAUUUGGCCUUCAUAAUUCAUCGCUGUAUGUCCAUUGCUUCUGCUUUAGCGAUUGCAUAAAUACAUUUUUACUAUAUUAUGUUUCGUGGUCCAUGUGCAUCCCUGCAGAAAUAUUUUUGUGAAACUUUUAUUCUUAAUAUAGGGAUUCACAUUCUCCACACUGUUCUUCAUACAUUCCUUGGGUUACUGAUGAGGAGAUUUUGUUUAACAAUCAAGCUAUUUUUUUACCGGCUGAUCAAUUCCAUUUUUUAAAACUUUCAUGUAUAAUUUUAUAACAUAUUGGCUACAACUGGAAGAGUUAACGAUCAAUUAAAAUUUUGAUUCUAUAAGAUUGCGAUACAUCAAAGUCAUCUGAUUUCUAUUCAUAUCGAGCAGCAAUGGUGAGUUGUCACAAAAAAUGAAGGUUGGAAUCGUUCAUUUUUUUUAAGAGUGACAUAGUUUUCUGUAAAUCAUCAAUUUUUUAAACUUUACAGGUCUUGAAAAAAACAGAGAAGAUGACGUUCCACAGAACGACUGUAAAAAAGAUGAUGCAACAGAAGCGAUAGCAGGUAAGUUCAUUGUUUGGUUUGUCAAUUAAACCAGUAGAGUGAGGUUAUUUUCUUCUGUUAAACCAGGGUACUUUCGAUUUUUCGGGUGCUUUUAGCUUUUCAAUGCUCAGUGUAGCAUCUCCAAGUAAACUGACGUAAAAUAAUGUUUCCCUCCCCCGCUUACAGGCCAAACCAUUUAAAUCUACUGCUAAUUUUAAACUUUUGCAGGUGUUGAAAAAAACCGAGAAGAUGACGUUCUAAAGAAUGACUUUGAGAAAGAUGCUGCAACAGGGCCGAUGGCAGGUGAUGUCAUUGUUUGCUUUGCCAAUUAAACCAAAGCCAAAAUAUAUUUUUGCAGUAGAGUUAAGUUACUUUGUUCUUUUAAAACCACAGUAAUUUUUCUGAAAUUGUCGACUGUUUUAAGCUUCAGACCAGCGCACAGUGCUGCACCUGUUUUAUGGAACUCGCUGCCAUUGACUAUAAGAACAAAUAGCAGCCUCGCCAUUUUUAAAAAGCAUCUUAAAACAUUCCUUUUUAGGAAAGCUUAUAAUCUACUAGAAUGACUCUGAAGUUUAAUGCUUUGAAUAUUUUCAUUUAAUUUUGUAUAGAAUUUUAGACUUUUAUUUUUUAGAUUUUUGCAUAGCAUGGAAUUUUUUUAUUAUUGUUAUUGUUAUUAUUAGCUUUUCAGGAAUUUUUUUAAUUGUAACUUAAUGUUCAGCGCUUUUGAAUAUGUUAUAGUUCUAGCACUAUACAAAUUGUUUAUCAUCAUCAUCAUCACUAUCUCCUAUUAAACAGGCGUGAAAUAACCUCUUCAUGUAUCUUAUUUUGUCUUUUUCAUCUUCCGCUUACAGGUGAACCCAUUUUCCUUGCACUUCAACAAAUCCUGUUGGAAGCACGCAUAGAGUCCAGCAAAACUGAGCUGUCGCAGGCUUUAAAGACGACAGCGUUAAAGAAAGGUUUUGCGAUUUCUGACAAUCAAGGGGAGGGGAACUGCAUGUUUUUUGCACUUUCAGAGCAGCUUGACCUCAUCAAAGGAAUUCAAAUCUCCCAUGAUGAGUUACGCCGAACUAUUGUUCAACACCUUCGGGAAAACCCCAGGCUGGUAAGUACCUUAUUAUUUUUGCUUGGGUAGAUUCAUUUGCGAGCCGUAAGCCGUCGCAUUUGCCCGCUUUGCUUUUAAGGUUAUAAGUAAUAAGGCCCCGUCCACACGUAGCGUAUUUGAAUUUUUUUUCGCCCGUCGGCAUAAAAACGCUGAAAUUAUUGAAAUAUGGUAGCAUCCCUCACAGAACAAACGCAGUGGUACUAGCAUAUAAUGUAUGACAUCGUCGUAUUAGAAAGCCUCUGUUUUCGUCCGUCCGCACGUAAACGAAAAGUCCACUCUGGGGACCGCUUUCUGGGGACCUGCGUGUUUGGUCCCCGAAAAGGCCCUUUUCGUGUGGACGGAAGGCUAAAAAUAGCCUGAUACGUGUGGACGGGGCCUUAAAUUCCUGCGAUUAAUUGUGACGCUUUACGGGUAUGCUGCAAAUGAAUCCAUCCUUUAUGAGCAAAACAACAGCUCUGUGUGACCAUCACGCUUGUUUAGCUCUUGUUUGUACUUUACUUCGUCGUCCACUGCACGACUACGACGUGAAACGUUUUGAGGAGGACCUUGAACGCAGGCAACGAAUUAUUGCUAUUGGCUCCGGAUGCUGUCCUUAGAUUUCAAAUCCUACCUUUUUUAAUUUGAAAACGCGACGUAAGCGUCAUAAAAAUUUAAAAGAACGCAAAUUCGUUUCCUUUAUCGCAUUUUUGACUCGAAGGUGUAAAUGGACACGGAUUUUAGGAAAUCUGUUUCGGUCGCCUCGAUCGUCUGAGUUAUGUCCUAAUUUCGUAUAAUUACAUUAUGUUGAUAAGUAUGAAAUCUUCACCGAAAGCCGCUUUGUCCGAACGGCAUAUGUUUAUAUAGUGAAGUGAGGUGAAGUGAAUACUUUAUUUAAAGAGGGUAAAACUUGAUAGUUAUAAUAUCAACUGAUAAACUUAAGGUCCUCAAUACUGGUUAUAUAUGUAGGGUCAUUUCUGACCCAACGUAUUUCCAAACUUUUAUUAUUUCAUAGUAAAUAUCUCUUCCCCUCUCUCUUACACGUGUAACGGACACCUCCCAAAAACGUCCUCAAGUACUUUCGUUAAAGUGUUGGUCCCUACCGUUCUUAAUUGUUUUUAUUGGACUUUUUACAAGGCGAAUAGUAUAGGAUGCACAGGUUAGACUUCGUUUUGGAAGUGAAAUCUCAUUAGUAUGAAGUGGAACAAAUAAAUGUCGGUGACAUCUUUAUCUCGUGAAUAAACUGCGGUAGAAUCUCAUCAAGAUAACGUCUAAGUUAUACGAGCUAUUUUUAUGUAGUUUCUAGUAUAACCAGUUAUUCUUACAUUGAUGAUGUAACUUGCAGGGAUCAUGUUCUUAUUUGGUUAGUAUGUUAUCAUAGUCUAUUUUAUUGUCCAUUGCAGACAACCUUUUGGCCUGGUUCCGGUUCACUACUAAGGCGAAUAUAUCUACUCUAGGGCCGAUACCAGUGGGGUCCGCCUUAGAGAGAGCUGACAGUGCAGCUGCCUGAAUAUAUACCUUCUACAAAGGCACUCCACCUCUUCCUCUAUUAACUACAGUAUUUUAUUUUUUUCUUACAGCCGGAUGGGACAGAACUGUUUCAUUUUGUCGACGGGUAUCCGUCUUGGGAUGCCUACCUCACAAGCAUGUUGGCGGAUGGUACAUGGGGUGAUCACGUGCUUCUACACGGCGCGGCAUACUGUUUUCAAACGUGCAUUUACGUGAUCAGCAGUCUUCAGCAUCACCAUGACGUAAUGAUCUGCCCAGAGUUUGAUGUUACUGGUAGCAACCGGCUCGUGCUGGGUCACGUGCACGAGCUUCACUAUGUUAGCCUUAUUCCACAGAUAGGAGGUAAAGAUGUCUGA